AUGCUUCGCGCUUUCGCUGCCGCAGUCCUCGUGGCCACGGUCAGCUCUUCCGAGGUCGGCACGGAGGCUUGCGAGAUGCCAUCGGCGCCUUUGGCCGCCUCCCUGCUCCAGCCACAGGCGAUUUCCCACGGUGCUGGAGGCAAGCAGAUCCCACCGCCCACCGAGCCGUCGAGCCCACUUUCGCCGGAGAGAGCUGAGACAACUCUUGCACCCACGACGGUGCCGGCCACAACAGCAGAGCCACACGAGAAGGAGAAGUCUGCGUGUUUCCAGCUGUCGCCACUGGUCCUGGCUUUGCCGCUUGCUGCGCUGCCGAUGCUGUAG